AUGUAUCUCCAAUCUUCUCUUGCAUUAGCCCUACUACGGGUUGCGGUGGUUCAUGGUUACGCUAACCCGGGGGCUUGCUCUGGUGCCUGCAAUAUCCAUGACCCUGCCUUAAUCCAGAAUGACGAUGGAACGUACUAUCGCUUUUCUACAGGAAAUAACAUCUCCUUUGCCUCUGCUUCAUCUAUUGAAGGCCCAUGGACAGCUCUUGGGUCUGUAUUGCCUGGUGGGUCCUCGAUUGAAAAUUCCGGGAGGCACCUGACGUGCAGAAGCCAAGAAUCUGCCAUCGGUCUCGCAACCUCCGAAACCAUGGAGGAAGGUACCUGGACCGACCAGGGCUCAAUCGGGGUUACAUCUACCACGGGUAACCAAUACAACGCCAUCGACGCCAACCUCCUGGUUGACGGCUCUGCCAACUACCUGACCUUUGGCUCAUUCUGGCAAGACAUCUUCCAAGUCACACUGAACGGAGACGCCACGUCUUCGACGUCAACGCCGGUUAAUGUUGCUUUCGAUCCAGCUGAUACACACCCAGUCGAGGGUGCAUAUCUGUACAAAUACGGAGAUUAUUACUAUCUGUUCUACUCCUGGGGAACGUGCUGUGGGUAUGACCAGACUAUGCCUGCUGCAGGACAGGAGUAUAAGAUCAAGGUUUGUCGGUCGAACGUGUGGCUAAUGAUGCAGGUUGAUGCGAACGGCGUUGCGUGCACGGAUGGCGGUGGUACCGUCGUUCUCGAGAGCCAUGAUAAUGUCUAUGGACCUGGUGGACAGGGUGUCUACACCGACCCGAGCCUUGGCCCUGUUCUCUACUAUCACUAUGUUGAUACGACUAUCGGGUAUGGUGACUCCCAGAAGCUAUUCGGAUGGAACGCCAUCGACUUCUCGAGCGGAUGGCCUUCUGUCUAA